AGAGAAAGAGAGAGCGAGCGCUCGGAAAAGGACGGGAGAGGAAUUUACUUAUUUACAUCACGGACACAAAGCCUCGGAAGGAAGACAAACUCCUAAUCAAAAGAGUUCCUGUCCUUUAACCUACAUUAAUCGCUCGUUUAUAUUUUGAAAGGUAAGCGUUUACACGAACGUUUUAUUUCAAAUUUUCCGGACGAUUAUCUCGAGAUCUUUGACGCUGUGAUCAUGGAAAGACUACUGACCCCGAAAAAAGGGAACGAUUACCGAUUCAGGAUGUGUAUUACACCCGGUUAAAGCGUUCGCUUGGAUCUCUAACCUUCUUGGUAUGAGGGUUAUUCGACGGUUUAGACGUUAAAGUUGAGCAUUGAUCGACGGAUGGUUCAAUAAUAAAUACAAAAAAAACAUAAAAAAAAAAACCCAAAGUGGCCCAAGUUGUCAGCAGAACCUUCAUGAACAUCACAAGCCUCAGAACGUGCCUCGCCAAGGCACACAACACACACGGACGACGCCGACUCUUUCUCAUUUUAUCAUCGAUUAAAAGUCGCUUUACCUAUAAGAGCGAUGGCCCAAGAGACGAACCAGAGCCCCGUGCCUAUGCUGUGUACCACAGGCUGUGGUUUCUAUGGCAACCCUAGGACUAAUGGCAUGUGCUCGGUGUGCUAUAAGGAGCACCUGAACAGACAGCAGAGCAGUGAUCGUAGUCCCAUGAGCCCUCUGGCUGGCAGCCCUUCAGCAGAGGCCUCAGCUAUACAGAGACUAGAAGCCAGCAUAAACAAAGCAGAACCCUCACCUACACCCACCACAGAUAGCAUGAGAGAAAGUAUUUCUUCAACUUCCUUACCAGUAACGCAACAAAUGACAGAAAUGAGUAUUUCUAGAGAGGAGAAGGCUCUGUCUCCGAAAGCUGAGGCUGUUGAACCAGUUGUAACACAGCCCACCUCGUCCUACUCCCUUGUUCCUGUUGCCCAUGGCAGUGAUGAGGGCAAGAGCCCAGAUUCCUCCAAACCCAAGAAAAAUAGAUGCUUUACCUGCCGUAAGAGAGUCGGCCUAACAGGUUUUGACUGUCGAUGUGGUAAUCUGUUCUGUGGAAUUCACCGGUACUCAGACAAGCACAAUUGCACAUAUGAUUACAAGUCAGAAGCUGCUGCUAAGAUCCGCAAGGAGAACCCUGUAGUGGUGGCUGAUAAGAUCCAGAGAAUAUAAGCUAUUCCCUCUAUCUCUGAGAAUUACUGAUCAGAACACUUGUGGAUAAAAUGGACGAGUUGAAAAACGGACUUGUGUUUUUCUAUCACCUUGAGAAGAAGAAAAGUGAACUAUUCCAUCAGAGGCUCAUGCAUGAACGAUCUUACAAAUUUGUUUUUGUAAUAGGUAUUAAUUUCUUUCCGUUUUUUUUCCUCCUUUCUGUGCUGUUUUUAUGCUAGUUAUUCUUCUAAAUUAUUUCGUUUCCAAAGGGUAUGAAAUUCUUUCAGGAAAUUUAAUCUUUUUGUUUUGCCUAUUUCCACCCUCACUCAUUGGGAGUGGCGGCCAUUCUGUGCCAAAAUGUGGCAAUUUCUAAGGCAGCCUUGUGUCCGUAGUGUUCAGCCUUUGACUUGUUAUCAUUAAUAACUUUGAAUUUCCAAGAGAUGCAUCAAAGCUUGACCUGACUAUCUACCUAAUGUGUGCUGCAUGUCGGUCUGUCAAACUGCAAUUUUUAUUUUUGAAAUAGUUUGUCAUCAUGGUUUGUUCUAAAAAAAAAAAAUCAGUGGGAUUACACAAGGGAGAAAUGAUAAUGUGGGGUCACUCAAUUAACAAUGCCAUUUAGCAUUAUUUUAGAAUGUGAACUUACUACUGUGACGUCACAUCCUUUCUUGAAUGGAAGGUUGAGAUUCAUCAAAUGUCAUUUGUUUUUAUUCCUCUUUUUAGGCUAUUCUGUUCUCACAUUCUAUAACCAUUGAGCCCUAGGUAUACUUCCAAUUUGACGCGAACACUCAGCAUCUGCGUGCAGGCAAACGCAAGCCUGACAAAGUAUACUCCAUAUCACUGUGCGCGCAUACACAAGCAUUUGGUGCAUGCACACUACAAUUGUUAUGAGACACUGGACUUUUUCUUCAGGAGUUUAGACCCAUAAAGAUGACUUGAGUUAUACAAGUGCAGGUAUCUCUUGGACCCACUUAUCGGUGGAAAUAACUCCAGGAAAAUGCGCAUUCUGCACGUUAAAAGAUGCGUGGUUAGAAAAAUUUGGCUGCUUCCUUUCGGUGCUCGAGCACUCUGCUGAUGACGAGAUUUCCGUCACGCAUCUGACCGAAGUAUACUUUGGGCUUUAACCUCCACUCUGUCACGACCAUGUUUUAGAGAUUUGAUCAUGUCUAUGAUCAAGAGAUCUGGGAGUUUGUGAUUUUUAUUUUUGUUAAUUUUAUGUGAGCAUAUGUAGACAUUUAGUCAGACUGUGAGACGAUACAGUCUGAGUGUAUUUGUGUGCAAUGGGGAAUAUAGCAUACAGGCCUUCAUGCUGUCAAAGUCGUGCAGGCCUUCCUUAGACAGUGCAUUUGCAACACCGCAAUAGUAUAAGCAUUAUGUCAGACCUGAGUCUGUGAAACGUUAUUUUUGUUCUUUUGAAUUGCACCCACAAUGCACCUGUCUCUUUUUGUGUGUCUGCAUAUGUUAAUUUGUGCGAUUCUGAGUGCAUGUAUUGUAAAUAAUGUCUUUUUCUCUAUAGGGAGUAAGGUUUUCCUUAAAAGACAUGUAUCUGUUGAGAGUAUGUACCUGUUUGAGGUUUAAUUUCAGCCAUUAGUUAUAUGCAAAUUUGUAUGGAAAAAAUACCUUUUGUUUAUAUUUAUGUAUUGCAUUUAAUCAUUUUACCUGGCAUUUAAGAAAAGUUGUAUUGUAAAUAAAAAAUAUACAGCCAUGCUGUUCAGUUCUGUAGC